AUGUCUGAGGGUUGCUCAGAUGAUGUUAAAAAUGAAAACUUUAGCAAUGUAAAGUGUGGUUUCGAACGGGAAAACUCUGUUGAUGAAGAUGGAAGUGAGGAAAACUCUGAAGAUGAUUCUGGUGACAGUAGUGAAGAAAAUGAAACCAGUGAUGAAGAUUUUGAAGUUGAGGAAAACUCUGAAGAAGAUUCUGAUGAUAGUAGUGAAGAAAAUGAGACUGGUGAUGAAGAUUUUGAAGUUGAUGAGGUGAAUGAAAUUUCUGACAGUGAUGAAAACUCUUCUUUAUAUGUUGGUUAUUACAAUGUAAACUAUUACAAGAAAAAAUGUGAAAUUUCUACCAAACCAUUGGAGGAGGAAGAGAUUGAGAAGUGUUCAAUGAAGGGUUCUUCUUCAAAGGUUAAUGAAGUUUCUCAGAAACAGGAUAAGAAGAGUGUUGAUUCUUCUUCAAGGGCUUUUGUAGAUGAAAAUGAAAAGAAUAUUAAGGAGAAAUCUAGUUUAAGACAACAACAUAGUGUAUUCAUGGUUGAAGAUAUAGACAAAGACAAAGACAAUGGUAAAGCUAAUGCUAAUGACACUACGAGUCCUGGUGAUUCAGGUGAAGCAGAAUCACUCGCAGUGUCAUUACAAAAUGAAAAGUUAGCUAAACACAAAAUUGUGGAGAACAAGGGAAGGGGUAAGAGAGGUGGAAAUAGAAUUAGUAAUGGUAAGAAGAAGAAAAUCAUGGAUGACAAAAGUGGUCAAAGCAAGUUAAAAAAGGAGCUGCACAAACUUCUUGAGGAAUGGGAGUACUAUUUGGGAACCAAAAACACUAAGCAGAAUGGUGAUUCAGUUGUGUUGGAGGUGAAGGAUGAUGAUGGUGUUAACCGGCAAGAUACGCGUCCACAAGAUACUAUUUGGAGUCUUGGUAAAAAAGUUGAAGAAGCAGCGCCAAAAAUGGAGGAAGAAGAGUUGUGGGAUGAAAUGGAUAGAGUGAGGAGAGAAGAUGAAGUUGAAUCCAUGAUUGGCAAUAUAGGGACCAAUGUAGCUUCUAACAAAAACAUGGAAGAUACAUUUUCACUAUGUAACCAUGACACUCGUCUCGAUGAGGAGAUUGGAGUAUAUUGCAGGUUGUGUGAUUUGGUUGUCACUGAGAUCAGAUAUAUCUCAGAGCCGGUGGUGGAUAGAUAUCCGAAUGAAGGUUCAGGAAGAAGGGCGUCAAUCGGUGGAGAUGAUGUUUCACUCUUUGAUUGGUCUCACAUCAAUGUUUCUGAUUAUGACUCAAAGACUAAUUUUUCUCACAAUGAAGGCACUGUCUGGGACAAAAUUCCUGAUGUGAAGCAAACCUUAUACCCUCACCAACAAGAAGGUUUUGAGUUCAUCUGGAAAAACAUGGCAGGAAGCAUCGAGCUUCAAAAUUUAAAGAAUGCUGAUCCUCGUAGCGAAGGUGGCUGCAUUAUUUCUCAUGCUCCUGGAACCGGAAAGACAAGGCUGACCAUAGUGUUUCUCAAGGCAUAUUUGAAAGUGUUUCCAAAAUGCAUGCCAAUUAUUGUCGCUCCUGCAAGUAUACUACUAACAUGGGAAGAGGAAUUCAAAAAAUGGGACAUUGGAGUUCCAUUUCACAAUUUAAGCAGUCGGGAGUUAUCUGGUAAAGAGCAUGCUGAUGCGGUUAACACAUUCAAUAUGUCUAAUACACGGCAUGGUAUUGAAGAAACUCGAAUGGCGAAACUGAUAUCAUGGUUCAAAGAAACGAGCAUUCUUGGAAUCAGCUACGACUUGUAUGGAAUGAAAUGCAAAGAUACGAAAAAGAAAAAGCAUGAAAGUGUGAAGGAGAGAAAAAGGAAAUGUGAUAUGCAAAAAAUUCUACUUAAAGCUCCUGGUUUGUUAGUUUUGGAUGAAGGACACACACCAAGAAAUCAAAGAAGUCAUAUUUGGAAGGUGCUAUCGAAGAUUCAAACGCAGAAACGAAUCAUCCUUUCUGGAACUCCAUUCCAGAACAAUUUCUGGGAGCUUUACACCACUUUGAGCUUAGUCAAGCCUUCUUUUCCUGACACGAUACCGCCUGAGCUAAAAAGAUUUUGCCAUGAGCGGAGACGUAAAUCAUCUAAACAAUGGAGUUGGGAACCUGUUUCGGCCAACACAACAAGAAACACUUCUGAUGAUAAGAUUGAGAAGUUGAAAUUGCUAAUGGAUCCCUUUGUGCAUGUUCACAAAGGUGCGAUCCUUGAAAAUAAGCUUCCCGGGUUAAGGGACUGUUUGGUGACUUUGAAGGCCGGUAGUUUGCAGACUGAAAUCCUGAAGAUAAUUAAACGUUCUCAGAACACAGUAUUUAACUUUGAGCAUAAGAUUGCAUUGACAUCCGUCCAUCCAUCUCUUUUACUUGAAUGUGAUCUUUCAGAAGACGAAGAAUCUGUACUCAACAAGGAUCAGCUGGAAAAGAUAAGACUGAACCCGUAUGAAGGUGUGAAAACAAAAUUUUUGUGCGAGUUAGUUCGGCUUUGUGAUUCUCUUAACGAGAAAGUUCUUGUGUUCAGCCAAUUCCACGCUCCUUUACAAUUAAUUAAAGACCAAUUAAACUCGGCUUUUAACUGGUCUAACGGAGAAGUUCUGUUCAUGUCUAGCAAAGAUCCUCCAAAGGAUAAGCAGUCCAUAAUCCAUAGCUUCAAUGAUGAAAAUAGCAAAGCGAAGAUUCUACUUGCAGCUACAAAAGCUUGUUCCGAGGGAAUUAGCUUAGUUGGAGCUUCAAGGGUUGUGCUUCUUGAUGUUGUAUGGAAUCCUUCAGUCAAAAGACAGGCUAUCAGCCGAGCGUAUAGGAUUGGACAGAAGAAGGUCGUAUACAUAUACCAGCUUCUCGCUGAAGGGACUACCGAGGAAGAAAAAUAUGGUAAACAGGCCGAAAAGGAUCGGUUAUCUGAGCUCCUUUUUUCAGCUAAAACCGCCGAUAAUGAUGGUGAGUCCAAGAAUUAUGCUGUGAAAUUUGAAGAUAGUGUUCUUGAUAAGAUGACUCGGCAUGGAAAGCUCAGAGACAUGUUUGUUGAGUGCGUGGUACUGAGGAAGGAGCGUGAUUUGGUCUGAGAGUUUAGGCCGCAGAUCCAAUGUCGUGCUAGCGAAGAUUCUUCAACAUUGCUAACUAUUAAAUGGAAGAAAACAGGUUUCAU